CACACUCUUGCAUAUAUCAAUGACAUAAACUAAGGGGUGUUCUAGAUAUAUCUUUUCUGUGUGUAAUAAGUAUUUACACAGUUUGAAAGUCUCACGGAUUUAUUUCUAUUUUUUAUUUUUUACUCCUGUCAAAAAAUGCCAUGUACUUUUUAUAGAUCUAACAGAUGUCUUUCAACAUUUUCAACCAUUCGUUCUCUACUCGGAAACUUCUUACAGUCUAAAAAUAAACAACUACCAAAGGUUAAUUUACAAGAUACGACAAUAAGAAAGCCAAAAAAGAAAGUAGCUGUCAUGGUAGGCUUCAACGGUUCUAAGUAUUAUGGAAUGCAGUUUCAGGACAAUGUUGUCAGUAUAGAAAGAACUUUAUUCGAAGCAUUCUGUAAAAUAGACGCCAUAUCUAAACAGAAUUCAUUGCACCCCUCAAAAGUUCAGUUUCAUCGUGCGGCUCGAACGGAUAAAGGCGUACAUGCUGCCUGUAAUGUUGUAUCUUUAAAGAUCAUUCCUGAUCCUUGUUUUAUAGAAAAAGCAAAUAGUGUCUUGCCUUCAGAUAUACGAUUAUGGGGUAUGUAUGAACAUAUACAUGCUUUACCUGUAUUUAUCUCUUCAUUAGGAUAUGUGGAGACAACCAAAGGAUUUAAUGCCAAGAACCAGUGUGAUUCACGUAUUUAUGAAUACUUAUUGCCUACAUAUGCAUUAAGAGAAAAACAGACAAACAUUGUUCUUAAGGAGCAACCAGGCGCACCUACUGAUAUUAUGGUGCGUAUGGGGGAUAAUCAUGGUGAUGAACGAUACGUUACCAUGACAAAUCCUUCAAUUCUCUCAAACUAUCGUGUAAAUCAAGAGAGGCUUGACAAAUUUAGUGAAGCCAUGUCCAUGUUUAAGGGUACACAUGACUUUCAUAAUUAUACCUUAUCCAAGGUCAUUGGCAAAAGAGAUACAAGAAGACAUAUAAGAAACAUCGAAGUAAGAGAAGUUGCCCAUGUUGAGGCUCAAUUUAAAGUGAAUUCUACUUAGGUCAGUAAGCCAAAGAUGAUUCAGGGAAGGGAGUGGAUAAGUGUUAAGCUUCAUGGGAAUUCAUUUAUACUUCAUCAGAUCCGUAAAAUGAUUUGUAAGAUAGCAAUGAUACAUGAAGUAACUUGAGUGACUUACAUAUGAUAGCUAUGGCCUUGCUUUGUGUUCAUGUAGAUGCACCAAUUUCACUUAUUGAAGAAAGCUUUGGACCUCAAAGAUGGAGUAUUCCUAAAGCACCAGCACUAGGUCUCUUGUUGGAACAACCCGUAUUUGAAUACUAUAAUCAGAAAGUGACGAAAGAAGGAAUCAGAGAUCCAAUUGAUAUUGAGCGUUAUAGACCAGUUAUAGACAAAUUUAAACAAGAUCAUAUAUAUUCUUUUAUCAUUCAUCAAGAGCAUCAAAGAAAUGU